ACCGAAUUGUACCAAAGCGGGUUUUUAUAUAGUGUCGCUUCACCUUCACUUGCCUAAGGCAUUUUGUGCUCGCAUUUCAGCAGUGUGAGUAUAGCCAAGAUGUCGGAUGUAGAAGAUUUGGAUAUACGAACAAUACCGAUUAUUUUGUACAUAAUGCUGCCGAUCAGUUUCGUUGUACUGUGGUUAUGGGGUGUCGCUGAAGACCAUUUCGAAGCUUUUUCACCUUAUAUUAGCGAUCUGGGCGCCCGGGCCCCGGAAUCUUGUUUAUUUUCACAGGUGUUAAAUAUCGCAGCGGUUCUGUUUGCUUUGACAUUCUACUUCCGGUAUCUGUUAUUGCGCGAUUUUGGAGAUCGGUCGGGACUGCGCCGGUAUGAUCAGUACAUAACCGCCAAUCUGGUGCUGGGAAUGUUAGGCGCUCUGGGAAUCAGCUUUGUCGGCAAUUAUCAGAGCAUUUUUAUAACUCCACUGCACAUGCUGGGAGCAUGCCUCGUUUUGGGUUUGGGAAUUGUCUAUAUGUGGAUCGAUGUGCAUGUGUCCCGUUACGCCCACAUCGCUGCCCCGCUCUCCCGUCGGUGUCUGAUCGGUCGUACAUUGCUAGCCACCUUCAGCACAAUAACGCUACUGUUCAUGAUAGCCGGCAACCAGAUGGGACAGCAUCAUCUGACGCAUCAACCGCGCGAUCUCUACGAGCGCCUCCAUUGGACACGGGAGUCCGGCGGCUACAAAGGGCACAUUGUGGGUGCGGUCAGUGAAUGGCUGCUGCUGAUUUUGGAGUUGUCGUAUUUUGGGACUUUUAUUAGUGAAUUUGGUCACUUUCGCAUGCGAUAUCCCAUGUUAUUGGCUGUUAAUCCCAAUAUUACACCGGUUAAGAAUAUAGAACGGAUAGAGGAUAUGGACGAAAGACAUCCCAUGCUGGCCGGUCAUAAAAAGCAGUGGGAUGGUGGAAAACUCAAAUAUUCAGACGAAAUACUAUGAUAAAUACGUACAUUAAACCAUCACCAUUGCCUUUGCGGCUUUUCGGGCGAUGCGGUUUGUGUUUAUUAUAUGAAUACUAAACAUCUCUUGCAGGUGUUCGGCCUCUUCUCAUUGUCCCGGGUGAUUUCAGCUUCUAUUAAACCAAUUCUUCUG